AUGAUUCAAUCAGAGCACCGCAGACUACCUUCUUCUGAUCUGCUUUGCACUGCACUCGCUUCCUGCCCAGCUCUUCGCUGCAUGCCCACUGAUUUGCUUGACUCUGACUCAGAUGGGUCUAUAGAAAGUGUAGUGCGAGCCUUCCAGCCUCUUGGUAACACAGAACAUUUUGGCGCCAGGAAAGAUACUUUGCCUCACUCUCAACGACAACAACAACAACAACAACAGAAAAAUCAAUCCUCGUCUCUGUCGCCCCAACCGCCGAAGGAGAACUUAGAGACAUGCCUCCGCAGACUCUACGACCACUUGGUGCUGCCAGCAGAGCAGUUUUGUCCCGGUGGCCAGCUCGAAGGUCUGUUGGUUCAAGAGGUCGGAAGCUCUGAUUUUAAGAGUAGCCUUGACACUAAUGAUUCCACCACCAGGUUGGUAAUUUGUACCAGAAGCCCCGAGCUGACUAACGCAUCACCUGGUCGAGCGGCCUGUCCUUUCAGCCAUCUGCUCAACUGGCGGCUGGAGCCCUUGUCGCGACGCAUUUCCAAUGUCUUCGUCGUCUCCAGCCUGAAAGGCUUGACAGACGACCAUCUUGAUCAGAAGAUCGACGCAAAAUCAAGGCCUGCUGAAUGUGAGGAAAAGUCAGUUUGUCAAUCACGAACGCUUUCUAAAGGUCAUUUGCAUUUGAUUUCACCCUCGCAUCCAUCGUCAAAGCAACGAAACGGAACAAACGCUUCAAUAGGGUCACCUCGAUGGACAAUUAACACCCUAAUAAGUGAGACCUGCACUGGUCAGCCGGUACCGUUUCCUGUCAACCGGCUUCCUCAACUAGACCAGCCUCAUAGCAGCAUGGCCAGAGUUCUGGUGUGCGGGAAUCCUGCCAUGCCUUCCGAGUAG